CAGCCGCUGACUAAACAAAUAAUGGAUCAAGAUGAGGGAAGGGACCAAGUCCCGGAUUUGAAUGUAAGAAAGAAAAAGAAAAAGAAGAAAAAGAAGCAUUCAAAAACGGAAGAGGAAGAUCAGUCCAAGUCUCGCAAGUUCUCGAUUAUGUCCACUAUCGAAAAUGCCCAGCUGGAAAACGAAGGGGUUACUCCGGUGUCGAGAAAAACAUCAAGCGAGAAAGAUCCUCCAAUAAUGGUGCCGAGCAAGUCGGCGGGGAUGCACACGGAUGGAGACUAUACGGAACUGAUGAAAAGAAGAAAGCUUAGGUUAUCCCAAAGGCAACGAAAGAAAGGUCUGACUCAUCUAGAGCAGCCAGCCAUCACAAUACCCCAGGAACAAUCCAGCGUCAGUGAUGAUGAUCACGAGCAACUACGGCUAAGAAAUGAGGUACUUGACUGCAUUAAUAAAGAUGACGUCGGUCGUUUGAGUGAAAUGCACAGAAGAUUAAAAUCCAGGGAAAGACUUCCCCUUUUUGAUGAUAACGUUAAUGCUUUGCAUCACGCUCUUGCGGAGAACGCUUAUGGCAUCGUAGACUACCUCAUGGAAAAUGAGACUGCAUCGUUUCUCAUGGAUGAAUUCAUAUCCAGAGUUGCCGGUAAAACCUCAAAAAAGAACGCCCUACACGUGCUUGCCGAGAGAAAUGACGUCGAGAGGGCUAGAAAACUAAUCGGACGCAUCGACAAACCUGGCAUUCGCGCGAAUUUCUUGGUGAGCGAAACUUUGGCCCAAGUCGAGGGUCAAAGACCAAGAGACCUGUCCCCAAUCUUGAUAGCUGCAAUGCACGGGCACUUAGAGUUCGUAAAACUCCUCCUGUCUUUUGGCGUAGAUGUGAACCAUCAAAAUAAGAAACAUGACACAGCCAUAUUGUGGGCCUCUAGAUUCGGCCAUAUUGAACUUGUGAGGUAUCUCAUCUCGCAACAUGCUGACGUUGGUCUCGAAAACGACAAGGGUUCCACGCCCCUUCACUGGGCGGUGCGUUAUGACCACGUGGAGGCAGUUAAGACUCUUAUAGAAGAAGGGAAAGUCGAUGUCAAUCAGAAACGAAAACUUGGCCUCGUUUUACCUUUGGUUUUGGCAUCGGCGCUUGGAAGCGAGGAGAUAGUGGAAUUACUGCUACAGCAAGGCGCGAGAGUUAACGAGGUUAUUCGAGGAGGAGAAACCGCCCUUCAGCACGCGGCAUCUGAAGGUCAUCUCGAAGUCGUUAAAAUCCUAUUGCGCCACGGUGCCCAAUUAGAGCAGGAGGAUGACCUUGGAUACACUCCAUUAUUACUAGCGGGUAGAAACGGUUUUGCAGACGUUGCCCUCUUUUUGGCGCGCGAGGGCGCUGAUUUUCAACACGAAACUUUAGAGGGCAAGACAAUCUGGGACUAUGCCGUCGAAAACCCCGAUUCUGACUUACUGGUCGGUCUUAUUGAUUACAUGAGAGAAACGGCGGACUUCAACGUGUUUGUGGGAAACAAUAAGAAAGACAAAGGUCCAGUGCCUUUCCCAAAAGGACGAACCCCAUUGCACGUUGCCUCGAGCCUCGGGGUUUGUGAUAAAAUUGCCCUACUCAUAGAACACGGCGUGGACCCUGCCGCUUGUGACGGCAACGAUAACACCUUUCUCCAUGUGGCAGCAACGACCGGUAUGACGGAAGUUCUAAGAAAGUUCGCCGACGCGACAGGUGUCGCCAAACAGAACAUCGAUGGAGACACGGUAAUGCACGUGGCGUGCAGAAGCGGGGAAGAAGACUGCGUUGAAGCUCUGCUGAAGUUUUCCAAAAUGGACGCAAAGAAUAACCGUGGAGAGAGACCGUUACACGCGGCGAUCCAUUCCCAGAACACCAACCCGGACAUCGUAAAGCUCCUGGUCAACCAUAUUAUCACCAACGAUACGUGGACUCUGUUGGACGAAGUGGACAACGAGGGUAACACUGCCUUACAUUUUGCUGCCCGCCAGACCAGCCCAGAGGUCCUCAAAUACCUCAGAAACCUGAACAUCAAACAGAAGAACAACGACGGCGAUAACCCGCUUCACGUUGCGGCCAUAAACGAAGCCUGCCCCGAGGUCUUCAACACCAUGCUAGACAUAUUCAGAACACAGCGUGGUGGGGAUAUAGACCUCAACCAAAGGAACGCCGUUGGGGAGACACUCUUUCAUAUCGUGGCAAAGAAGGGGGACGUGCGCCGAAUCGAACAUCUUAUCCGUAUUGGCGCCGAUUUGUCACUCCAAGACGCGGACGGUAACACUAUGCUGCAUACCACCGCGUUCUGCGUCGCCGAUGAUGAUGCUUUUGUCCUUAAGGGUCUGGACAUUUGUUCUUGUAUCGUUGAGAAUUCCGUGCGGUGGUGGUGCAACAAGCAGGAUUUAUCUUACCCCGACGACGAUCGAGGCUUGUACCAAAGGCUCAAAGUGACAUCCCUUCUCUUUUUGACAACCAAAAUCUUCAACAACGAAGAUACUAACGUCUUUGGAUAUGCGGCGCAUCUAGGUGCCUUAGAGAUCAUAAGAUUUCUUUUGAACGUUCCAGGUGUGACGAAAUUCGAGACGCGUAAUGCAAUUAAGUAUGAUAUAACUAAUAUAUCAACAAAGUCAAGUCCUUCAAAAGGCCUCAAGAAGCACAGUACUGCCAAAGAACCUCGUCGAGGCUCGAAACCGGGGCGGUCAACUGUGUCCCCGUCAAAAGUUCAGUACGAUGAAAUGGACAAAGGCACGGAUGCUUCCACCAAUAAUGAGCGCUCUUUGAUCGAAAUCAUCUGCGAUUCGCCCCUGGUAGCGCGUUCAGCAAAAAUUUUAAGCAUCACGCCAAUAUCCCAGAUGGCAGACGACUUCUGGUCGACGUACCAGUGGCUCUACGGGUUUCUCAUGGUGCUUCAUGUGCUGUACAUGUCGUUGCUGUGUGCCUAUUGUGUUCCCAUACUGCCUCCGCCUAUAGUCAACGGUAAUUACACAUUAACCGACAGCUCCGGAGUUACGACAAACGUAGAUUACGAAGUUUACAUCUUCCCCUACAUACUCUUCCUAUUAUGGCCGCUGUUGAUAAUGUUUGCAGAAUUCUAUUUUGCCGUGAGAGAGUGCAUUAUUCACAAACGCGCACCGAAUUUCAAAGAUUCCGAAAACGAACAUGCAAAUGUUUCCGACCGUUUGUUGCACGUAUUAUGGGUCUUCUUUAACGAGCACGUCACAUAUUUCAUCGGGACUUUUUUCUGCGUCCUCGUAGUUGCGUGGUUCGGUCUCUAUGCGGUGAAAUACGAAUACCAGGACUACGUUCUGGCCACUGCUAUCAUCAUAGGUUGGCUUUAUGGCAUAACGUUCACAAAAGCGUUUGAAAGUAUCCAUCAGUUUUCUCAAAUGUUAAAAUUCAUGAUAAUUCGCGAUCUGACCAGAUUUAUGUUUGUCUAUUUGUUUGUUCUUUUGGCCUUUGGUUUCGCUUUUUAUGCGUUGUUUCAGGGCGUCGGGGUCCCGUAUGCCGCUAAAACUCAACCAAUGAUGACGCUGUAUUCGACCUUUAUGAUCAUGGUAGGUUUUACAGAGCAGAUCUCCUCCCUGUCUGGUGACGAUUUUGACCAGACGGACCGCAGUCGCAAUUUCUUCCAAGUUUUAUUCACCUUGUAUCUCAUUGUCGGCACCAUUGUUCUCCUUAAUUUGCUAAUCGCGCUAAUGAAUGACUCAUAUUCGGAAGUGCGACAAAAAGAGGCUGCUUGGUGGAGAGUGUAUUCUUUACGCCUUGCCCUGCAGAUUGAGCGGAGUACACCAUUGAUACCGAAACUAAUGGACUUAAUUCGACUCGGUAAACUAAACAUGAUGUUCGAUUUAGCAGAAGAACGAUGGUUCUUGACGUUAUCGAAAAAGGCCAUUCGAGGUUUUAAGGAUUUGGCUUCGAGCAGUGAUGAGGACGCCCUCACAGACACCGUAGCCCGCCUUGAUGGCCGCUUGUACGAAAUGGAAAAAUCUCUUCAGUCAAUAAACCGCAGGCUUGACUCUCUUCACGACACGCAAAGAAUUAUGGGUGCGCGUUUAGCCUGGGAUUCUGCCCUACAGAAACUACAACCCAAAAAAUAAUGUGCCAGACAGUUAUGCAUCUUCAAAGUUACAAAUGAUAUAAUUUAUAAGCCUGAAAGAAACGAUUUCACGGAAAAAUACAAGCUCGUUUUUAGGCUUCUUAAUCGGAGUACUACUGGAAACUUUAUUCUAGUAUAGGCUCGUUUUACCUCAAGUCGGUGCUGACAUUAUAAGGCAUGUGAAAACGUUGUGAUAUUCCAGUUUACUUGGUCAAACUUUAUGGUUGUUAUUGGUCUAUCAAAUUAUUAAAGGUUAUGGUUAACAUGUGCCAAUGCCAUUACAUUAAUCAAAAUUGCUUAAAAUAUUUUCGGGUAAGUUUAUAUCUAAAAGUGAUUUGUUAUGAGAUCAUUGAAUCUUAAUAUCUGCGUUACGUUAUUCGUCUGCUAGUUAUAUUGAAAUUCAUUUCCAUAUUUUACAAUUUUAUUUAUUAAAAUUUCGGGCCCACAAGGGGUUUCUAGUUACUCUUGUAAUGGAGACAUAAAUAUCACUUGUAACGGUAAAAACUUCUCGAAAGUGGGCGUUUAGAUAACAAUUUUCUCAGCAGUUUCAGUUAGAAUAUCCUUUAAUGAAAAAGGGGAAUUGCUGAAAAUUUCAGUAAAAUUGUUUUUUUUUUCGGAUAAAGAUAUAAAUGUGUAUCUGUGAUACUUGAAGCAAUAUGCAUUAUUGACGUAAUGCAAUGUGGGAUUGUGAUUGCACUAAAUGAAGUUAAAUAUUGUGAUAAUGGAUUUUAUAAAUGUAAAAAUAUGAAAUAAAUAUAAAAAGAAUUAUAUAAUGCAGUGUGGCGGCGUUUUGGCCUUCGAGUGGUGACAAAUAGUAAUUGAAAACCAACAGGAACCCAUGAACUUGAUUUAAAGAUAUGUAUGGAUACCCGUUACAUAUGAUAGUUACUUUCAUUUCUUCAAGAGUCAGUUGCAAAAGGAGGGGGGUCCCUUAAACAAGUGCAAUAUCGAUGUACAAAAAUCUCCUUGAUCUUUUCAAAUUCUCAAAUUCUCAAGGGAGAAUAAGCAUUUAAUUGAGGUCAUUCAUUUUCCUCAUAGGCUUUUGGUUAAGUGAACAUUUACGAACAUUUUCCAUG